UGAGCUCAUAGGCUCAUGGCCUCCAGGUUCUUAUGACAAAUUCUCAACUAUUUGGACGCGCCCAGCUGCGCCAAUUUAUUGAGACCCUGUGUAUGUUCAUUUAUCAAAUGAUCAAUUCAGCAUGCUAUAUUUGAAAUGUAACUAGAUUAUAAGGGAUUGUGUGCUAUUGUGUUUUAUUAUAAGGUUUUAGUUGAAGUUAUGUCAGUUGGGAGUUGAUAUGCAGUUAUAUCUUUUUUUCUGUACAAUGAUUUUUCAUAUUCAGUUACCUAUUUGUUUGGUGCAGGAAUUAUCUUACAAGUAAAAGCUCUUCCAUUGCUCUGCUUAGAUACCUCUUGGCAUGGGAGUUGUGACUGUAUCUAGCUCUGCUGCAAGGACCCCAUUUGGAUUAAGUGCAAGAUUUUCAACUCAUUCAUCUCCAACUAAGAGAACAACAAUAUUAGCAUUCAAAACAGAUAAAACCAAGAACACUGCUUUGGUUUCAUCCAAAGAAUCUGCAAAUUUAUCUGUCAAUACAUCUAAAGAAAACCCAAAGAGAAUUAGACGGAAUAAGAAGCCUUCAGAAAGAGUACAAGCUUUAUCUACUGCUGAAGCUCCUUCAUGCUCAUUAGAUUUGGAUUACAAUGAGGCUGCAGCUGAACUGGAUAGGAUAUACAAGCUCAGUCCGACAACUAUUGAAUCUGAUACCGAGGACCAUGAUGAUCAGGUGAUCAAAAGGGGUCGGCGAGGGAGGAGGAAGAUUUCUGAUGCUAAUGAGAAGCCUGAAAGCAGAACUGCAGUUGAUAUUGUGAGGGGUCAACAUAAAAGGUUGCAAAGGUUGAGCCUUGAAAAGAGGAUUCAACUGAAGAAUAAGAAAGAUGUUGCGGUUAUUACUUCAAAGCAGAAGAGGAAGCAUGGCAAGAUCAAUGAAGACGAAAAAGUUAACAGACUGGUUAGGGACUACUCCGCUUCUACGGAUUUAGGUAGCUUAGAUUGGAAGAAAAUGAAGAUCCCGCCAGUUCUUCCUUCUUCAGAGCAUACUCGGCUCUUUAUCUCGUUACAAACUAUGAAGGCAAUUCUUGCAGUGAAAGAGGAUUUACAGACUGUUUUGGCUAGAGAACCAACAGAUGGAGAGGUAGCAGAUGCAACAAACAUGAAUGUAUCACAAUUGAGGAAACAAAUUGGAGUUGGCCAAGCAGCCAGAAACAAAUUGAUUAAGCAUAAUCUUCGACUCGUAUUGUUUGUCAUGAACAAAUAUUUUCAAGAGUUUGCAAAUGGCCGAAAUUUUCAAGACUUCUGCCAGGCAGGAGUGAAGGGUCUGAUCACAGCCAUUGAUCGGUUUGAACCAGGAAGAAAACUACAACUCUCAACAUACGCUCUAUUUUGGAUCCGACAUACCAUCAUACGCUCCAUGACCCUCUCAAGUUUCAUUAAAGUCCCCUUUGGCCUUGAAUCAGUUAGAAUAGAAAUACAGAAGGCCAAAAAGAAGCUAUGGUUCGACCUUAUGAGACCGCCAACGGAAGAAGAGAUAGCAAAGAAAGCUGGGAUUUCCCUUCAGAGAUACCGUGAAGUGACAAGAUCAUCGAGACCCGUUCUUUCUCUCAACAGAAGACAUGCAGUCACACAGGAAGAGUUUAUCAACACGAUUGCCGAUACUAAUGCAGCUGGUGACGAUGAGAGGCGGCAACCUGCUCUUCUCAGACUUGCACUAGACGAUGUGCUGGAUUCCCUGAAGCCGAAGGAAAGUUUGGUGAUGAGACAAAGAUACGGGCUUGACGGAAAAGGCAACAGAACAUUGGGAGAGAUUGCGGGUAACUUGAAUAUAUCAAGGGAAAUGGUCAGAAAGCAUGAAGUGAAGGCUCUAAUGAAGCUCAAACAUCCGGCACGAGUUGAGUAUCUACGCCACUAUAUCUUAUGAAACAUCAAUCGCUUCGCAUUCCUUUUCAACGUGGAUAUAAAAAUUUGUAUGUAUAUGAGUGAUCUGUAUCAUAGUUUUGAGCUAAAACCGAACAUAAAGAACACCGUACAUUGUAGUUCCAAGUUACACGCUCCUUGUACUUAUAUCUCAUCAUACAAUAAAGGACAUUCGCAU